UUUCAUUACGCACUUAUCUAACGACGAGCGCGCGUACUUGAUAUAUAAGUUCGAUUCGUUGCCGUCCAUCUGUUGGUUUUCGUGUGUCGUGCGGAACUGAUGCUCGGGGGUUCAUCAGUCACCAGAUUUAAGCCUGUUAUUUUGUCGCUGUGCUCCUUGAUAAAACUAUUACGUAAACAAGCGCUGCGGAGUUUUUGUGGCUGUGUGUUUAAUUGCAUACUAAGUAGAGUUAAUUAACAACUUGUUUGCACAUUAUAUUGCCGCGCAGAAUCAUGACGAGCUUAUUAGAACAAGUCAAAGGACAUUCAAGGUCGUCCUCAAGUUCGCGAGAGUUCCGCGAAAAGACCAAACAGGAUGCGCUCAACAAUCUUAAUAAGGAACUCAACAAGUUGGCGGAUAUGGCGCCGCCAGCCCAGCGCGAACUUGUCCACAAAGAAAUGCAAGGAUUUUCGGAUUUGUUUGAGCGUUUUCUAGCUGAAGAAGGUCCUUCUGUGCAAUGGGACCGCAUGGAGAAGUUACCUGACGGUGCUGUUCGGAAUUAUCAAACACUAGAAGUGCCCACUACUGACCUGGUGCAUCAGAUGUUGCAGAAAUUGGUUGUGGUGAAACUUAAUGGCGGUUUGGGUACUUCCAUGGGUUGCCACGGACCGAAAUCAGUCAUCACCGUGAGGAAUAACUUAACUUUUCUGGAUUUGACCGUCCAACAAAUCGAACAUUUAAACAAAACGUAUAAAGUCAACGUGCCAUUGGUUCUCAUGAACUCAUUCAACACCGACGAGGAUACGGAAAAGAUCAUACGAAAAUACAAGAAUCUCCAAGUGGAGAUUCAUACGUUUAGUCAAAGUUGCUAUCCGCGUAUCAACCGCGAAACCUUACUGCCGAUUACAAAUGGUUAUGAUAUUGAAAAAGACGUGGAGGCUUGGUAUCCGCCUGGUCAUGGUGAUUUCUAUAAAAGUUUCCAGAACUCUGGAUUGUUGAGGAAGUUUAUUGAAAACAAUCGGGAAUAUUGUUUCAUUUCCAAUAUUGAUAACUUGGGUGCAACUGUGGAUAUGCAGAUUUUGAACAAGUUGCUCAAUCCUGCACAGGAGUCAAAGCAUGAGUUUGUGAUGGAGGUGACGGAUAAAACACGCGCUGAUGUUAAAGGUGGUACUUUGAUUCAGUACGAGAACAAAUUGCGAUUGCUUGAAAUCGCGCAAGUUCCAAAAGAACACAUUGAUGAUUUCAAAUCGGUUAAAACAUUCAAGUUUUUCAAUACGAAUAAUAUUUGGGCUAAACUCAGUGCAAUUGAACGUGUUCUCAACGAAAAGACAUUGAACAUGGAGAUUAUCACCAACGACAAGACCAUUAAACACAAAGGUAAUAAUUUGAACGUUAUUCAGCUGGAAACAGCCGUGGGCGCUGCGAUGAAAGUCUUCGAGAAUGCAAUCGGUAUCAACGUACCACGCAGUCGUUUCCUGCCCGUUAAAAAGACCUCUGACCUGUUGCUUGUUAUGAGCAACUUGUAUAGCAUGCGAAAUGGUUCGUUGGUGAUGUCCCCGCAGCGUAUGUUCCCUACUACGCCACUAGUCAAACUCGGCGAUAAUAACUUCUCUAAAGUGAACGAUUUUCUCAAUCGCUUCGCGAAUAUUCCGGAUCUCAUCGAGUUGGACCAUCUGACCGUUUCGGGUGAUGUAACAUUCGGACGCAGUGUCAGCUUGAAGGGCACAGUUAUCAUCAUUGCGAACCACGGCGAUCGGAUUGAUAUUCCAUCCGGGGCUUUACUGGAGAAUAAAAUCGUGUCGGGCAAUUUGCGAAUUUUGGAUCACUAGCUUGUCUAGCAGUAGGAGUGGUAGUAAUUACUGUAAAGGUAAGGUAAUAACAAAUGUAAAUUGAGAUUAUGGUAAAUGUGAACGCAUCCAAUGCGAAAGUGUUAUAUGACUCAGCUGUAAGCUAGUCACAAAAAUAUAUUUUUUAUAUGAGUCUAUAAA